GCAACAUGGCCGAAAGGCCGCACGCCGUAGGCGGCACAGUGUGCGCGGCCGCCUACCCGGACGCUUCCGCCGCAUUUCCCCCGCACCUCCAGGCCGGCGCGAUGCGGCGCCGCUUCUGGGGCGUGUUCAACUGCCUGUGCGCCGGCGCGUUCGGGGCCCUGGCCGCAGCCUCCGCCAAGCUGGCCUUCGGCAGCGAGGCGCACAUGGGCUUCUGCAUCCUAGGCGUUAUUGUGAUGGCUACCACCAAUUCUCUGAUGUGGACAUUCUUUAGCCGAGGCCUCAGUUUCUCCAUGUCUUCAGCCAUUGCAUCUGUCACGGUGACUUUUUCAAAUAUCCUCAGUUCGGCCUUCCUGGGCUUUGUGUUGUAUGGAGAAUGCCAGAAGGUCUUGUGGUGGGGAGGAGUGUUCCUCAUCCUGUGCGGACUCACCCUGAUCCACAGGGAGCUCCCACCAACCAGGAAGCCCCUUCCACACAAGCAGCAGUAGCAUCAGCAGGCUGGACGGACCAGCUGGAAAGACAUGGCGGCUACUCAGGCUCAGGUUGGUGAGUGGGGACUGCUUGUCAAGGCGAUCUGGAUGCGCAGCUUCCAACUCUCAGCCGGAUGGAGAUGCUUCCACGGGAGGCAGGCCUGUGACCCAGCAGCCUUGUGGCUGGACAGCUCCGACUUCUGUGAGGGGAACCACACCCGCAGGGGGGUUCUGCCCGAAGCCUUCUCCGUACAUCUACAUGGUGCUUUUGAUUCUCACGCCCCCAGGCCCACCCAGUGAGCUUUAGCAGAUGCAGGAGACCUUAGGGUUGUGUGCUUUGUACAUGGACUUGAAACCACGUUGUACCUGCAGUCCUGUUGCCAAAGACCAAUCACAGUUUUGGAAUCGGUGACUGGUGGGGCUCUCGACAGCCUCACACCGAUGUGUCAGGCCAUCUGAUUCAUGCUUCUGAAUUAUCACAAGAGAAAGAAAACUGGAUUAAUAACUUUUUUAUAUAAGUUAAAACUACUAGAUGUGAAAGAAAAAAAAAACUACCAGGUGUUGAAUUUUAAUUUUUUCCUACUUUUUUUCCUUUCCUAAUUUUUUGGUGGAAGGGAGAGCAGCCAGGGUGAGCUGCAGUUCCGGGAGGGGAGUUGAAACCACCCCCUGCCCCCUGCUUCCAGGCCCCACUGCCUGCCUGCUUGCUUCCUUCCUGACCUCACUGGCUGGUGCCCUUCACAUUCAGGAGCAUCUGUCCAUUCUCUUGGUGUUCAGGGAGAAAAGCUUGACCUCACUUUGGGGACCUGGUUUUAUUUUACUUACCAGGAAAGGAGACUGGCCCCAAGAUUGCUCCCACCCCCUCACUUUACCUUUGUGCCUCUUCUGUCCUUUGGUCCCAUGACUUUAUUGUAGCUUACACCACGUGAAUGUAAUUCCUAGUUGAAAACAGUCUGUGUGCUGCCAACACCCACUCCCCACGUGUAGCUUCAAGUGCGAUGCUCACCUGCUCCCGUUCCCUGGGGCUCCCCUGGCUGGCUGAGAGCCCUCUCCCCUUUCCUGAGCCUGGCUGCGGCCCCAGGUCUUCUCCAUCGUUCCCUGCAGUAGAGAGGGACUUCGUAGCCGUUGAUCUGGGGGAGAGAAGGAUCACGCUGAGACGGGCCCCUCCUCCCGUGCACACAGCACCUUCACAGCUCUUCUCUGUUACUCGGUGCACAGCUGCAUAGCUGUUCCGUGGCUCCUAGUGACUGGGCUGUGGCCCUAGCCUACCUGUCCAGCUUCUCCUUUGCUGCCUCCUUAACACCCCAUACCUACCACACUGGAGUCACCCAAACAUCUGUGUCUCGACAGUUCUCAAGUCCGCCACAUCCACUUCUGUCCCCAUGCUUUUGUGCUUGCUAUUUCCUUUGCCUUGGAUUAUCUUCCCCUUCACCUCUCUCUGGAAAACUCCUUUUCUUCCUUCAAUAUCCCCAGGGCUUAAUUUGCUUCUCUCUGGGCUCCCACAGGGGCAAAGGCAAAGCUGUGAUUCACAGAAUGGAAGUUGAUUAGCCUGGCUUUGACAUUGAAGCCUCCCAGCCACACUCCACUGUGAGGGAGGCACUCUUGUUAUCCCAUUUUAGAGGUGAGGAAACUAAGGCUCAGAGAGGUUGAGUAAUUUGCCCAAGCUCACACAGCUAACAAAUGUCAGAAUCACAGUGUCAGCCCAAGUUUCUGACCCCAGGGUUCAGCUCUUAAUCUCUUAAUCCCUGUAACUGUCCUGCCUCCCACAUCAGCACAUUAAAGCCCCAGAGCAAUCCUGUGCAAGAGGAGCCUGUUUACAGUGUCUAGUAGUCUCAGAGCCCUCCUUUCACUAACCAUCUCCCACCCCCUGAGGAUCCCUGAUGCUCCCUGGAGCACUCUUCAGGUUUCCCUAAUCUAGCCUGACCCCAUCAUCCUACCAGUGGGAAAGAUGAAGGCCACUCAGGGCUCUGCAGGGUGUGUUCACACAGGUGGCUCAGGUACCCGGCCAAGGCCGGACAUGAAGGCUACUGAGAGCGGGUGGUUGGGUCCCUGAGUAGUUCAUGACAGAAGGGCGGGUAGGAGUCCACCUGGGAGCAGACAUUGUCCUGAGGGGCCCAGCCCCCACCCAGAUGCCUGCUGAGUAGUUAAAGGUGGUUGGUGCUGACCUAAGACCCUCUCACAGUUCAACAGAUGUGCCUACGGGGGACGGCGGGAUACAGAGAUGCUUCUGUUAAGAGGAAGAUAAGUCAUUUUUCAUAAAGCAGAGUGAGACCGUCUCUCCAGUUAUCUAAGAACGUGGGGAAGUGUUCGCUGUGUCUCUUUCCUCAUUUCAGAGGUGCAUUUGAUGUGCAUUUGAUAAGAGAAUGAACUGUGAAUCUGUACUUGUCUUUCUGCUCUGCACCCUGGAUGACGGAUUGAACUUUGCUCUGGAGCUGCCAGUUUGACUUUCAGGUUCGACAGCCAGUGGCCUGAUAGGUCAGUGUUACUAUUUUGUUUGUUUUAAAAUUUUACUUUUUUCUUUUUUUUAAACUAAAAACAAUUUUUGUUAGCAUAAUA